GGACAAUACAGUGCCACUGACACGGCCUACAAUGGAAACAUGCGGUCUCUCCUUCACUGCAGCCGAGAUCUCCAGGCUCAAAGCGUCAGUCCACCAGAUAAAUACUCAGUCAGACUGGUGAAUGGGACCACUUCCUGUUCUGGGACAGUGGAAGUCUUCUACAGAGGAGAGUGGUUGGGUGUAUGUUCUGGGUUGUGGAGCAUGAUGAGAGAUGUUAAGGUUGUGUGUAGAGAGCUGGACUGUGGGAAUCCUGUAUCUGUAUCUAGAGGACUUAGGUUAGACGAUGGAAGAAGACUAUUCAGACUAUAUAAUAAUUGCUAUGGAGAUGAGUCUUCUAUUAGACAGUGUGUCUUCAGACCUGGUGUCUGUAAUGGUGGAUAUUAUCGUCAUGUGACCUGUUCAGACUCUGUGCGUCUUGUGGAUGGAGCUGGUCUCUGCUCUGGGAGAGUGGAGGUGAAGUCCAAUCAGUCCUGGGCCUCAGUGUGUGAAGCUGACUUUGACCAGCAGGAUGCAGAGGUAGUCUGUAGGGAUCUUGGCUGUGGGGCUCCUGCAGCUCUACAGGGGGGGCUCUAUGGAGAAGGUGAGGGUCAGACCUGGGAUAAAGAGUUCCAGUGUAAAGGUAAUGAGUCCCUUCUCCUGGACUGUGACACCUCAGGCAGAGAGAACAACACCUGCCCACCUGGUAAUGCUGUUGGACUCACCUGCUCAGAGCCUGAUGAUGUGAGGCUGGUGGGAGGAGGCAGUCGCUGUGCUGGUGGAGUGGAGUGGUACGACCAGGGAGAGUGGAGGACUGUGGGAGCUGGCUGGAACCAGAGGGAU